CUGUGUGCCGGUGGAAUUUGCCUGAUGGCGUUAGCAGGGAGAGGGUCCAGGUCUCCCAAGCUUGUAAAUGUGCAAACCUGGAUUCAGACGGCAAAGAACAUUUUGAUUAAAAUCCAGAAAUCAUAAACGAUAUCUUCAAAAUUUUGUGGAACCAUACCGAAAAUUUGGGGAAAAAUAACCAAGAGAAAAUGACAGUUUUCAAAUUUGAUAGGGACAGAAUGGCUGUUAUUCCCUGGGGCUGUAUUUCAUCUAAUGGGAGGCAACCAAUUGGCUAUAACUGACAUUCAGGUGGCCCUGCUAUUUCCCAAGCUGAAGGCGACACUCACCUGCUUGAUUUGCGGUGCCAUGGACGUCAGCGGCUUUGUCCCCAUACUCUUAAAGAUGGCGUACCAGGCUGGAUUGUCGUACAAGACGUGCAUGUUUAGCUUUGCCGGUAUCAUACUUCUAAUGUCUUCUGUCAACACAUUCACCCUUCCACCUAGACAGGAUGACGACGGGAACAACAUCGACAUUGAUUGCUGUUUGAAGAUACGCAAAAGGCACAGCUUAACCAAAAAAUACCCCAAACCCUACCUGGAAAGUUGUAGAAAUGGCGCUGACACAUUCCAUGAAACGGAAGAAAAUGAAUCUGUCACACGUGAGCAACUCGCCCUAACAGGCCACGUCAAGCCCGAUGGGGAGCAUCAGGCAUCAAACCAGGAGCAAAACCAAUUGCAAGGAAACGUUCGAUGA